CUACCCCUGCUGGAGGUGCUGCUGCAUCCAUUGCGCCCCCCUCACCCCGGUGUGUGCCGCCCUCGAGCUGUACCUUGGGGGCCGGCUCCUCCUGCUUGUCGUCCGCUGCUGCUCUACCUGAUGCUGCUGCUCUCCGUGCUGCUGGAUGGACAUGCGGCCCGCCUCGCUCAUGUGGAUGUGGUCGUGCAGCCCAUAAUGUCGGUUGCCGUGGUCCUCCUCCUGCAUCGUGGCACCGGGUGCCUUGGCGUCCUCUUGCGAGGCGUGCUUGCGCUUGCCGAACAGCAGGCCGCCCAUCAGGCCCGUGCUGGCCGAGGGUGUCUUCUUGUCGAUGCUCUUGCGGCCAGCCGGGGAUGUCUUCUUGUCGACUGCACACACACAUACAGUACAGACAGACAGACAGACAGACAGGUGUGUGUGUUUAGGGGGGUUGUGCGGCCGGCCGGCCAAGUACAGUCAGUACCUCGGCGUCUCCGGUGUCGACUUCCUCGAGGAGGGCGGCCAGGGUGUUCUGCAUGGCCUGCUCGACGCGCGAGAGCCAGGCGCUGAGUUCGGGGUCGUCAGAGAUCUUGACAGCAGACUUGAAGUGCACCACCUCGUCCUCGCGACAACUGACAUGGAUCGACAUCGAUACGUACGGCCACGUCACGUGUGUGUUGGCUUGGGUGGUGUUGGCUGGCUGGCUGGCGUGGGGUGGUCUGGUCUGGGGCACCGUACCUCAUGCCGACGAUUUGGUCCGGGUCUUCGGUGUCGACUUCGAGGGCGGUGAUGCCGGCAAACAUCUUGUUCAGGUGCCGCUGCACCAUCUUGACGUCACGCGAGUUGAAGAUCAUCUCCACCAAAUCGGCGUCGCCUGGAUGGAGGAACGAAGGAAGGAACCCACACACACACACACACCCCACACACGCACUUAUUGGGAGGGGGGGGGUGGGUGUCUCGCAGACUUGCGUACGUACCGACGAAGUAGAAUCUCGCGAAGUUGGAUCGCUGCUUCUCUAGGUAGUCGCCGAGGGCCUUCUGGAUCUUGGACAGCAGGUCAGACAGGUUCUUGGACAGCAGGUCAGACAGUCGGUCCAGACUCUUCUGAAUGCCCCCUUGUCGCUGCUUAUCGAUGAACACAGCAAGCUGCUGCAGCGAAGUGCUGGGGCGGCAAAGACACACCAAUAUAAAAUGUAGGCAGAGAUAUGACUCGAUCCUCUUCGCCGGCAGGGCGGGGGCCUACACAUGGCAGAAGGAGAUGGUAGAAGAAAAGGAUACUGCUCCUUUAUCUACCUUGGCUGUUUUAUCUAUUGCUGGCUGCCUGGUUGGUCGGAUGGAUGCGAGAUGGGUGCCGCGUGUGGUGUUCUUCAUCCGUCGGGCGUCGGGGGUGCUGCAGGCGACGGCGACCUCCUCCUGGCAGAGGGUGGGGGAGUGGGCGCGCGUGGGCGUGGAUGGGGGGUCGAAUCCCUCAUGCGGGAGCUUCGCCGCAGCUGCUGGGGGGGGUGAUGGUCCCGUCACCUCCACUUGCAGGUCCUGCAUCAUGGGACGCAGACAGACACGAACCGCACAAACCCAUUCAUGUGUGGUGGAAUGAAUCGUCUGUGCGCGUAGGUGCAUGGACCGACCUUUAUGGCUGUCGGCGGCUCCUCCCUCGCAAAGUACUUGGUCCACUCGAGCAGCGGCCGGAACCCCACUGUCUUGCGACCAGUGGGGCCCUGCCGCAUGCACGAGCGGAGGGCUCGGGCGGGCGGGCUGGGGUGCCUGGCGGCCUUGCGUCGGCGCUCCCGCCUAGCGGCGUUUUUGGCCGUCCUCUUUUCGCUCCCCAGCCUCUCCUCCUCCGCCCUCCUCCGCUCUCUCCUCUCCUUUCGCCGCUGGUCACGGCUUUUCGGCGGGGCUGUGCUGCCUGUCGGCUGGUGGUGGUGGUGGUGGUGGUUGCUGUGUGGGGUGUCGAUGGCGCCCCCGGCCUCGUCGCUGCUGGCGUCGGCGGCCUCAGGGACGGCCGUGGAGUCGUCCCUCUCGUCGCCCUCCUCCUCUUCCAUGCCCGGCAUCUCGUCCUGGUCCUCCUGGUCCUGGCCAGGCUGCUGGUCGGCUGCAUCGGCCGGCGCGUCCUCCUCGUUGGGCUUCUCGUCGACGUCACCGAAAAUGUCCGCAUAGACAUUCUGAUAAGGGAGAUGCAGACAAACGGUGAAGACCACACACUAUGUGGCUGGUUGGUUGUUUGUCUCUCUCUCCCUGUGUGUGUGUGUGUGUGUGUGUGUGUGGUGCCAGCUCGCUUACGGUGAAUGGCUCGGGCUGCAUGACGGGCGGCAGCAUGACAAGGACCACCAGGUCGGGCUCACGAUCGUCGACCUUGCGCUGCUUGUCGUCCAAAUAGUUGUCCAGGUGCUCGCGGGGCUGCAUGUAUGUGAACCGCCGACGGCUGCCCUUAAGCUGGGAUGGCUCGUUGUCGGCCUUGAGGCGUACAGCAGCAUCGACUGCCAGCCACCAGCCACCCGAGCGCUGCUGCGCUGCCCGGGGCCCCAAGAGCCGGUCGUGCACAGAUGUCCCCUGCUGCUGGUGCUGGUGGUGGUGCUUGGGUGGCCGCGACGAGCCGUCCGUCUGCGCCUCGAGCUCACUCAGCAGCCCCUCGUAGCCCUCAAUGAGCGGCUGGCCCAGCCUCUGCGCCAAGAGGUUGUGCCUGACGAUGAUCUGGCGCAUCACUUGGGGCACCUCUGCAGCCACGUCGGGGUUGUCGGCCACCCGGAUCUCCUUGUAGAGGUACUGAGGGGUGAGCUGCUGCGUCUCGGCAGUGGUGGGCGGGAGCAGCUCCUUGAGCUUCUUGCUGAUGUCCUGCACCAACUUCAUGAUCCGCUCCUUCUCCUCGGGCGGCACUACGUCGCCGCGGGGGAGGGUCGUGGGCCGAGUGUCAGCAGGCGGCCGACAUGCAAACGGCGACAGAUCUGCACACACAGACGCGAGACACGUGCAGUAGAGUCAAUCAGUAUCUUUCGACAGCUCACAGGCCCUUUGCAGAUCAUUGGAGUGGAAAGGCGGUGCGGUGGAAGGGACGUCAUGAGUCGAUCGAAUAUAAAAUGUAGACACCGAUCUGCACACCAAGAGGGCCUCCUUCUUGUCCUUCAGCAGGCGUGUGCUCUCCUGAGAGUCACAGCAGACAUGGGAAAACUCAGAUGAGUACCCACAGCCCGUCAGGCGUACCGGUCCUUCUGGCUGAUCUGGGUCUUCAGGUUGGGGGUUUUCCUCCCCAUCAAGGCCGCCUUGCGACCCACGAUCUGCUCAGAAGGCCUCCGACUGCAACGACCUACUACACACACACACACACACACACACACAGGCAAAGAUGUGUACGGUGUGUGUGUGUGUGUAUACGGGUGUGUAUGUGUACCUGGUGAUGUCCCUCGAUUCGCAUUUAAAUGACACCGGUAUAUAAAAUGUAAGCAACGAUCAGGUCAUCUCUUCCCUGGCGUCGGUCGAAUGAAAGGAGAGAGAGAGAUACGCUGAUAUGAAAUGUAGGCAGAGAUGUCCUCUCCCGCUGGCGGUGGCGGCGGCGGCAGCGGGUGGGCUUUGGAGGGGUGGUCCUCGCCGCCCUCCUCCGACACGUCUGCCGGCAGAGCUGCAGCUGAAGCACGCUGCAUCUUGCGCAGAAGCAGCAGCUCUGCCGGCCCGAAGAAAUAUUUGACUCUAUACAUUGCUGUACCAUGGCCUGCUUGGGCCGCACAUUUCCGGGUAUCUCCCUCUCCAUCAAGGCCGCCUCGUCAGUCACGAUCUGCUCGAAGUCCCGCGACUGCAACGACCUACACACACACACACGCACACACACACGCGCGCGCGCGCACACAGACACACAGGUAAAGAUGGGUACGGUGCGUGUGUGUGUGUGUGUGUGUGGACAACGUACCUGCAGGACUUUCUCGAGGAACUUGUCAGUGCACUGGAGGUGUCGCAGUCUGCACAGCCGCUUGAUCUCGUCGGUGAGGAUGUCCACAGUGAACCGCUUCCUCGAGGCGCGGUAGAACUCCAGCAUGGCGUUGGUCAGGGCGUCGCUGUGGUUGCGCAGACCCAGCAGCAUCGCUCUCGCCGUACCUGCACGCACCAGGAUACAGCACAGCAGAGAGACACGGCAGGUGAGCAUCAGAUGGCUCUCAUUGGGCUCAUCUUCAUCUCAGCAUGCAUCACGUGGGAGCCCGCCUGACUGCCUCGCUGCGACGCCCAGGUGCCUUUCCGGCGCCCACAGACACGCCCUCCCAUGCAGCCCUCCACCACCAUGCAAGGAGCCCUUCACCGAAUCCCUCACGGCCUCGCUGCGCUGCCUCCACGCCCCUCGCACCACCUCCUGGAAGACCUGCUGCUCACCAUUCGAGUAUGUGCGUUGUAUCGACCAGUCCUCGCAGUCCGGCUCCUUCAUCAUAGUCGAUAAGCGACAAGAGCACACCACAGAACUUGCGAAAUUGCAGACCACAGAACUCGUGAAAUAGUCGCUGAAAACUGUUUCAUGGGUAUACAU